UGUUGCGAUUCAUUUCGUCGCAAACAUGUUCGCGAUUAUUUUCUUAUUGACCGCUUUGAUCUGUUCGGUCACGGCCGACGAGAAGUACACCACGAAGUAUGACAACGUCGAUUUUGACGAGAUUGUUCGGAGUGAGAGGCUCCUGCAGAAUUACGUCAACUGUCUCAUGGAUAGGGGCCCAUGUGCACCGGACGCCGCUGAGUUGAAACGCCUAUUGCCGGAUGCUUUGGAGACUGACUGUUCGAAGUGCAGCGAGGCCCAGCAGGUUGGGACGAAGAAGGUCAUCAAACACUUAGCCACUAACAAAAAAGACUGGUUUUCGGAACUCGAGGACAAGUAUGAUCCCGACAGGACAUAUCUGGAAAGGCAUCGCAGCGAAUGGGAAGCUGAAGGGAUUAAGUUCGAUUAAAGGGCACGCAAUUCCGGGAAAUGCUAUUUCUUACUAUUUGUAAUCAAGUUUUCAAAUAAAAACCAUACUUGUCGACAUUAUAAA